AUGGCGAGUCCGAGUAGGGAAGCUCAAUUAAGGCGCAGAAGGCUCCCCUCGCAUCCGACCCCCAAUGGCGGUUGCCACUUCCGCCGCGGACCGCAGAGUUUUAAGGCAUUGGCCAUCGGAUCCUCGCAUGUACUUCAAGUCCCCCCCUCCGACCCCCCACCCCGCGCAGCCUCCGCCCACCCCACGCGAGGCCAGAUCGCGUUCAGCAGUCGCGGCGAGCGGACGUGCGGUACCGCCGCCCCGGACACCUGUGGCUCGACUCCCGGUGCGGGUUCGAUUCGUGAUCGUGGUGGCUGUGCAGUGCUAGUGGCUGUAUGUGAAUGGUGCGACGGCAGGAAGUAUCUCGGACCGGUUAGGGCGGACGGGACCGGCCACUUCCGGCGCCUCGAGUUGAUACGGAGGCACCAGUGGAAUUAUAUAUCGAUCAACUUGACCAAU